CACAAGCGGCGGGAGCGGCCGAAGCCCUCGGCGGCCGAAGCGUACACGCCCCCCCCCCCUCAGCGCCACGGAGGAGGGGAGACCCUCUCGAGGGGUGUUUGCGCCCUCGGCAGGAUGCUCCUGCGCCGCGUUCAUGCCCCGUCUCUCUCCUCCCCAGAGCCGGGGAGUUAGCAGGGCUGGCCCUCCUGACGGUCCUUGCGGCUUCCCUCAACCGGAGUGCGGGGCUGUCUGGGUGCGCCCCUCUUCUCCCCGGUACAGCGCCUAAGCCUGGGUUAAGCUACCCCAGUGGCUGGGCGGCGACGGCUCCUCGGCUCAGGAAAGGCACGGAUGUCGGUCUCCAGGUGCUGCGGCGGAGGCAGUAGAGCCAAGCGUCCUUUGCAGGGCCGGGAUUGGAAAGUAUGUAUGACUAAUUGUCCUACAUUAAUUGUUAUGGUUGGUCUCCCAGCAAGAGGGAAAACUUACAUCUCAAAAAAAUUGACACGCUACUUAAAUUGGAUUGGAGUGCCUACAAAAGAAUUUAAUGUUGGCCAAUAUCGACGAGACUUGGUAAAAACGUACAGGUCCUUUGAGUUUUUUCUGCCAGACAAUGAAGAAGGUCUGAAAAUCCGAAAAAAGUGUGCCUUAGCAGCACUGAAUGAUGUUCGUCAGUAUCUCAGUGAAGAAAAAGGACAUGUGGCAGUUUUUGAUGCCACAAACACUACAAGAGAACGUCGAGAAACCAUCUAUAAGUUUGGAGAAGAGAAUGGCUACAAGACUUUUUUUGUUGAGUCAGUAUGUGUUGAUCCAGAAGUCAUUGCUGCGAAUAUUGUGCAAGUGAAACUGGGCAGUCCUGAUUAUGUUGACUGCAGUAGUGAUGCAGCUACAGAAGACUUCAUGAAAAGAAUUGAGUGUUACAAGAAUUCAUAUGAGACACUAGAUGAAACUUUAGACAAGGAUCUUUCUUACAUUAAAAUCAUGGAUGUGGGGAGGAGUUACCUUGUGAACCGAGUAAUGGACCACAUCCAGAGUCGGAUUGUUUACUACCUCAUGAAUAUCCACGUAACUCCUCGUUCCAUCUACCUCUGUCGCCAUGGAGAAAGUGAACUAAACCUGAAGGGAAGAAUAGGAGGAGACACAGGGUUGUCCCGCAGAGGAAAAGAGUUUGCCAAGAGCUUAGCGCGGUUCAUUAAUGAACAAAACAUCAAAGACCUGAAAGUAUGGACAAGCCAGAUGAAAAGGACCAUUCAGACUGCAGAGGCUUUGGGAGUGCCUUAUGAGCAGUGGAAGGUUUUGAAUGAAAUAGAUGCGGGAGUUUGUGAAGAAAUGACAUAUGAAGAGAUUCAAGAAAACUAUCCUUUGGAAUUUGCUUUAAGAGAUCAGGAUAAAUAUAGAUACAGAUACCCUAAAGGAGAAUCCUAUGAAGAUCUUGUUCAAAGAUUGGAGCCAGUAAUUAUGGAGUUGGAAAGGCAGGAAAAUGUUCUUGUAAUCUGCCACCAAGCUGUUAUGCGCUGUCUGCUUGCUUACUUUCUGGACAAGCCUGCAGAACAACUGCCUUAUCUCAAGUGCCCUCUGCAUACUGUCUUAAAGCUAACCCCUGUGGCUUAUGGUUGCAAGGUGGAAUCUAUAUUUCUGAAUGUUGAAGCUGUAAAUACGCACAGAGACAAACCACGGAAUGUAGACAUUUCAAGACCUCCCGAGGAAGCCCUUGUAACUGUCCCUGCACACCAGUGAAUCCUGUUUCCUGAUCAGCUAUGAAACCUGUGAAUGUCUGUAUUAACCGCUCACGAGAGGAAGCCUUGAAGACAGUACCUAAUCAUUUGUAGCUCCCUUCACCUACACCACCGUCCCAAACUGCUGAAGCAGUGCUAAGGAAACAACUCAGGGACAUGAGAACAAACAGCCUGCAAGAAAGCCAAGCAGCCAUGUAAAAUGUAAAAUGGAUGCACUCCUCUCUUAGAAUGUAUUUUUCUUGCCUUGGAGAAGGUGGGCUUGCUUGGCAUUAAAGAUUGAAAUGUAUUUAUGGAACAUGGAAUGAACUUGCUUUUAAAUUAAUAUAUGUUGUCAUUACUCUGUUCUUUUAUCUGUGAAUGUCAAAAAGUUUAAAAAUUCUGUUGUCACUUCUAAUGUUAUGUCUUAACUUUUAAAGUUCAGUAUUCUUCUAGAAUAUUUUCCUAAGAUGUUCUUACUGUGAAAGACUAUCUAGCUCCAAACUUGGUUGUUUUUAAACCUCUGCAUUUUCAUUCAUUAAAGUAUCCGCUUGAUACUGUACAAUGUC